GCCAUGGCACCUCCCGUCACCAGUGGCAUGCCCAGUGAUCGCUUCACCUGUGCUAGUUGCUGCACCACGCCACCGCAUCCAGGCCCCAAACCCGAGAGCUCAUAUAAGUAACUCACGCGGUGCCUUACGAAAAUAGAUCACGUAUACUUCGCACCCCACACACCUCGCCCUGCUUCGUCCCUGGCAGAAGCUCCUCUCUGCUUCCCUUCCGCGACUUGGACACAGCAGCAAUGAGAUCGGUGCUCGGUCUCUCCCAUUGGUGUUCCUUGCUGCUUCUCCUCUCGCUGGUGACGGCUUCGCGGGGGCUCGAGGUCGGCGACCUCUUCAGCCAUGGGAAACCACCGGCGGGGAAGCAGGACUGCAGCCGGACAUGCGAGUCCAAGUUUUGCACGGUCCCGCCUGUGCUGAGGUACGGGAAAUACUGCGGAAUCCUCUACAGCGGCUGCCCCGGCGAGAAGCCCUGCGACGCCCUGGACGCCUGCUGCAUGGUCCACGACCACUGCGUCGCCGCCAACAACAAUGACUACCUGAACACCGGGUGCAACGAGAACCUGCUGGGCUGCCUCGACGGGGUGAACCCGGCGGGGCCGACGUUCCCGGGGAACAAGUGCGGCGUCGGCGAGACGGCGUUCGUCAUAAAGGGCGUCAUCGAGGCGGCCGUGCUCGCGGGGAAGAUCCUUCACAAGCGCGACAUCGGGCAGUAGUAACCAUCAUCGGGCAGUACUUAGGAAAUAAUGUGGUAGGCGUGGCGUGGCGCGGUGGUGCUGCAAUCGGGCACUACUGUGCUUUGGACCAGUUUGGUGAUAUGUACGGUGCGCGGCAUAUUGCUGGACCGCAGACUGGUGCGAAAUGGCAUGCAUGGGUUGCAACAUUGUUUCUGUAGUCAAAGGACAUACUGUAGUCAAAGGAUAUUCCUGUUGUCCUGUGUCCAGUAGACCAGUAUUUCCUUCGUUUCUAGAAGUACUGCUUUGCCACACCGUUCUUUA